UCCGCCAUACGGGUUUGAUUGAAUAAGCUCUCUCUCUCGCUUCCCUGCUUGGCUAUACUCAGUUGACCGUCUCCUUUGCUGUGGUCCACUGUUUCCUUUGACACAGAAGGCACGAAAGACGAGGUGUGGUGUGUGCACUGUGUGCACUGUCUUGGGUGAGAUAGUACAUUGUGUGUGUAUGUGUGUUUGCGUCUGUGUGACCCAGUCUCAGACCUCUCCUUGCAGCUGCCAACAUCAGGUAUGAAGACCCGUUUAAUAUUCCUUUGGCUAUUGGCCUCAGCAUUUGCUGUGUCUGUCAAAGGCAAACCUCACGACAAACAUGAAGCUUUGUCCAAGUCCUCACACAUAGCUAAACAGAAGAAACUUUUCAUUUCGUUUUCCAAGGACACUGUUCCAGAUGAGGUCAAUGAGGGGGAGGUCCUGCCGACCUUCAUGACCUUUGAGUCUAGUAGUCAGGAGCAGGAGGACGAGGACAUAAGCUAUGAGGACAAUGCUAAUGUUAAUGUGGGUCACUCCAAUGAGGGAGGGGUGUUUGAAGUGUCCGACAGUGGUGAGAGGAGCACCCCCGUCCUGCUGAGAGAUAAGGCACUGGUGGACCUCCUCCAUGGGGAGUCAGAGGAAGAAGAGGUGGAGGAGGAGGAGGGAAAUAUAGAGUCUGAGGAGACACAGUCUGAAGAGGAGGAGGAGGAGGAGGAGGAGGAGGAGGAGGGAGAAGAAGAGGUGGGAGACUUGGAAAAGGAGGAGGAAGAUGAGGAGGUGGUAGAGGUGGAGGAGGAGGUGCAUGUGGAGGCAGAGAAAGAGGCGGAAAAGGUGAAGGCGAUGGCGGAUGAGGAGGAGUCAGUUGAGGAUGAGGAGAAGAGAGAGAAAGACGACGAGGAGGAACAUGUGGUCGGGGACAGAGGAGUAGAGGAAGAGGUUCAAGUUGAAGAGACGGACAGCAACACCGAGCCUGAGAUUCCAGAGGAUCUGGACUACGCCAGCGACAGCGACAACACAGAGCCUCUUGAAACCGAGCUUGAGGAAGGGAAACCCCUCGCCGAAGACGCCCAGUUCCUUUCAAAUAAGAACGUGGAGGCCGAGGUGGAGGAGAAAGAAGAACAAGCUAGCAAGGAUGAUGAAAUCCCCACUGCCACUGAUGACUAUGAGUCCCAGCCAGACAUACAAGACGCCGAGUUCACUGAGAGCCAGGAAGUGCUCGGCCAGUACAAGUACAAUACCCAAGAAAAGGGGACCAAUAAAAAAGACGCAGACACAGAACUCCAAGAGACAAAGAACAUUGUGGAUCUUGAUGAUACACAUCUUUCAGUAGAAGGGGGAGAAGAGAAGGAGGAGAAGAACAUAAACGAGAGUGCCAGUCACACCAGAGGCAAAGCCAGGAAGCAGAGGAAGAACCAGAGAGUGAGGAAGCACCCCCUACAGAGGGAUGAGGCCCCACCAGGAGAGGGAGUCCCAGACCACCAGGGGGAUGAGGGCGUGAAGGAGCACUACCGCACCACCGACAGUGCUGUAUACAAGCCCAAGAGGAGAAGAGCAGGGACAUGGGCUCCUCUGGUGGGAAUGAACCCGGUCCAGAUCAGGGCGACAGUGGACCUCUACCCCAGCACCAGGCCCUCUUUGGCGGCUAGCCUAUACAGACCCCAAGCAUCCGCUGCCGACCCUUGUGAGAACUUCCGUUGUAAACAUGGAAAGACCUGUAAACUCAACAAGGAGAAGAAGCCUGUGUGUGUGUGUCAUGAGCCUUCUGCCUGCCCACAGAGUGUCACUAACUAUGAUCAUGUAUGUGGAAGUGACAAUGUCACCUACACACCCUGUGAGUUCUUUGCCACCAAGUGCAACCUGGAAGGCACCAAGAGAGGCCAUAUACUUCACCUGGACUACACUGGAGUCUGCAAAUUCAUAGCACCGUGUAUGACUGGCGAACUGGUCCAGUUUCCUCUGCGUAUGCGCGACUGGCUGAAGAACGUCUUGCUGCAUCUCUAUGAGCAUGACUCCAUGUCCCCUGGCUUCCUCACCCCCAAGCAACGCAUCAGAGUGAGAAAGAUCCACGAGAGUGAGAGGCGCCUCCAUCCCGGCAACCACCCCAUUGAGUUGCUGGCCCAGGACUUUGAGAAGAACUACAACAUGUACAUCUAUCCCGUGCACUGGCAGUUUGCUCAGAUGGACCAGCACCCUUCUGACAGGUUUCUGUCCCACUCUGAGCUGGCCCCCCUGAGGGUCCCGUUAGUCCCCAUGGAGCAUUGUACCUCCCGCUUCUUCCAGGAGUGUGACGCAGACAAAGACAAACAUGUGUCCUUCAGGGAGUGGACCCACUGCUUCGGCAUUAAGGAUGAGGACAUGGAUGUCAACCUGCUCUUCUGAGUCCAAUCAGUACCUCAUCAAGCAACCAGCUUAAAUAAGCAUUUAACAAAAUAACCUUCAAUCAUGGCAGAACCACAUACCUUAAUUGGAGAGUCACUUGUGUUGAUUUCAAUUGUAUGUUUUUGGGAUGUUCUGUAAAGUUAGCCCGGUGGAACCAGCCUGAUCUCUGUGUUCACCAUUUUAUUUAACUUCACAUAUCAGUCUGGCAUUGCUCCUUAUUGAAACUGUUUGAGCCUAUGUCUGUAAUGAGAGGCAUUAUUCAAAACUAACUUGUCAGUGAUGAGAUCACCUUUAACCAAUCAGAGGACGACCUAAUUCAAAGCACAGUAUUUUGGGGGCGGGUUUUCUGAGAGGAUGCUGAUUUGACCAGUAAUUUCUUGGUUUGUCCAAAACUCCCAUCUAUUGGAGAAAGCCCAGAUGUAUAUGUGCAGUAAUCCGGCCGGUUCCACCAUGCUACUGCAAAGUACAAUUGACUCAAAAGUACAAGUGAGGAUGGACCACUGUCCUUCCAUGUCUUAUGUCAGAUGGAGGAGGAUAGUUCAUGUUGUCUUAUUACAGUUGUGGUGGAUCAUUUCUUUCCUAUCAAAUGAGUAGACAAACUUAUCACAUAAGUCAGAGUUAUACUUAAACUAAAUCUUUAAUAAUAAGAGCUUUGCAACAGCAAUGACCUUCAACGAUUCACCAUUUCUAAUGAUCCGUUGAGAGUGGCAACACAAUGGCUACUGAGAUUUUUUUAUAGCAAAGAUCCACCCCCUUGUCGACAUAACAAACCACAGAUAUUAGGAACUGUUCACAAAGUGAGACUUUAUAAAUGAGAAAGGAGUAUCCCGUAGCCAGAUAACAUUCGCUAUAAAUUAUUGUUCAGUUUGGCACCUAAGAUGAGGUUGCUAUCUUGUUCCUGUUACUCCUAGCACAAAAACACCAACUCAUCCAAUGGCAUAAAUCAAUUGUCAACUCUAGACACUACCAGACACAUCCCCCAAGGCCGAAGGAGGGAGUGACUGGCACACAGACAUUGUGGAAACCAGUAAUUGGUUCCCCAUUAAUCACACCAUCCCUUCACAUGGUUUAACAGAUACAUUCACAUAUGAAGACAAUGUUCCCUCCUGUCCUCUUCCCUUUCUGAUAUUCUGCAUAGCACCAGGGACAUGUGAAAGACAAGCCUGACUUCUCCCCUCUCUGGGCCCCAGUUGUCUGAAACCCAGCAGAGGGAAGAAGUGCAACUGCCAACACCAGAGUCCGAAGGGAAACAUUCUAAUAACAAGUAAGCAUAUUAUGCAGAUAAGAUAUCUUUAUUAUCUGUUACCCAACUAAUUCUGAUUCAUCCACCACACAGUGUAGCUAUUACAGUGAAAUACUGCCAUGCUAUUGUUUGAGGAGAGUGCAGAGUUAUGAAUUAGAAAAUGUAAACCAAUUAGGCACAUUUGGGCAGACUUGAUACAACAUUUUGAAUUGAAAUGCAAUGGUUCUUUGGAUCAGUCUAAAACGUUGCACAUACACUGCUGCCAUCUAGUGGCCAACAUCUAAAUUGUGCCUAAACUGGAAUAAUACAUUGUGGCCUUGCUCUUGCAUUUCAAAGAUGAUGAAAAAAAUAUGCUUUUUCUUUGUAUUAUUUACCAGAUCUCAUGUGUUAUAUUCUCCUACACUAAUUUCACAUUUCCACAAACUUCAAAGUGUUUCCUUUCAAAUGGAAUCAAGAAUAUGCAUAUCCUUGCUUCAGGUCCUGAGCUACAGGCAGUUCGAUGUAAUUUUAGGUGAAAAUGUAAAAAAAAAAAAAGAUGUCUGGUCAUUAAAUCACACCAAGGUAAAGCAAAUUUGGAUCUAUAAAUAUGUGGAUGUUCUGUGAUACUGUAUGUAGAUACUGUAUAGCUGAUAGUGGUAUUAGUAGAGUAGGUGAUGAGAUUGUAUUUUUUAAACAAUUAUAUCAGUGUUAUGAACACAUUCCAAGAGGGGGAAAGUUUACGAGUGCUUUUUGUAGAUGACAAUAAACAAAACAAAAAUGGACUUCUAUGCAGGUGAAACAAAUCACUUUACUUUUUGGCCAAAAUAUUACAGUAUUUAUUUUAAACAUUAAAAAAAAGCUAUAGUUUUAUGCGGGUGCAUUUUUUGUAUGGAAACCAUUUAGUAUUGACUCUCACAAUAAAUUGAGCUUGAAUAGAGUAUUUAUUUCUAUGUCAAAAGGAGACAUUUUAAUGGCAGGAAAUGUAGUAGAACAUAUGAUGUUGACAGAAUUACUAAGAGUUGAAUGCUGUAACUGUUUUUUAUGUCUUGCCUGAUAUUGCUACUUCACUAACCAUUCUAAUAAAAGUAAUGUUGACCUCAUCGGAUCUCAUCACA